AUGGCAUUGCCCUAUUUCCGCAUCCUUUCCAUUACCCUCGUUGUUGUUGCUUCCUGCUUAAGUCACCUCCCUUUACUGUCAAAUGCUCAAGAAGCUGGCACUGCGACCUACUACACCCCUCCCUAUACACCUUCUGCUUGCUACGGUUACGAGGAGCAGGGAACCAUGAUUGCAGCAGCAAGUGAUGAAAUUUGGAACGACGGCGGCGCAUGUGGGCAAAUGUAUCAGGUCACUUGUGUUAGCGGAACAAACGAAGGGACCCCGUAUCCUUGCUGGGGAAGUGGGACGGUGGAGAUUAAGAUCGUGGACCAUUGCCCCGCCAGGUGUAGAGGAACCAUUGACUUGUCACAAGAGGCAUUUGCCUCCAUUGCUGAUCCUGAUUCUGGUGUUAUAAACAUCUCUUAUCAACAGGUUUGA